AUGAUUGGUCAAGUAAUCAUGAACGAUGAAGUACAUAAAAAAAUUUUAGAAACAAACAGCAAAACAAAUGUUUUUAAAUUAUUUUUUCGUUUAGAUUUAUUUCGAUUUCGAUAUAAAAAAGAAGUUGUUAAACAAGCUAAGACAAUUGAAGAAUUACAUUUACAAGAAAAAUAUCUUCAUUCAAUUAAUAAUAAAUUUGAACAAGCUACACGAAAUUUAUAUGAAAAAGUUAAUGUAGAAUCAUCUGAAGAUGAAUUAAGUGAAUUACGAAAGGAAUAUGCAUUAUCAAGUUUAUUUAAUCGUGACAAUAAAACAUAUUUAUGGUAUAUUGAUAAUAUUGAAGAAUUAUUAAAAAAUGCAAAACAACCUUCUGAGCCAUUAUGUAUUACUUCAUCUUCAUUUAAUACUUCAAAAUAUGAUUAUAAAGUUAUUUUAAAAUUAUAUUUGAAUGGUGAUCAAAUAGCACGAAAUACACAUUUAUCAUUUGAUGUAAUUUUAAUGCGUGAUAAUAAUAAUUCCUUAAUAAAAUGGCCAUUUUAUUAUGAAAUUAUAUUAUGUUUAUUUCAUACAAGUUGA